AUGAAACGAACUGUGAGGCAGCAGGACGCCGCUCUCUGCCUCCUGAGUUUCUCUGAGCAGAACGACAACACGAAGCCUCAAAUAGGAUCCGAGACACAAACUUUACGACUCCUGACCACCGGCUUUAACCCCGGGGGGCUGAACAGGAUUUUAUUCAUGAACAAGAUCGACCUUUUUCAAGACAAGAUUUUGCACAGCGGACGGCACCUGCGGCUCUACCUGCCCGAGUUCAAAGGCGCCGACUGUGACGUGGACUCGGCCGCCCGCUUCCUGGCCGGCGCCUUCGUUUCGCUCAACAAAGCGCCCGAACGGCUGGUGUACCACCACUUCACCACGGCAACCGACACCUCCAACGUCCAGGUCGUCUUCCAGGUCGUCAUGGACACCAUCAUCAAAGAGAACCUGGAGGCCGUCUCGCUCCUGUAG